AUGACACAAAGUAUAAUAGAUAUGUCAUUGCAUUCCUUUAAGAGUACACAGAGACUUGCAUUGGGUAAUGUAACCAAUACUCAUUUGAGUACACUUAAUAUUGGAAGUAAUAACGUUCAAAAGUUGAGAAAGCUAAAAAUAGGAUCCCAAAAUGAAUACCUCAAGGAAAAGGAAAGCGAAAAAGAAAUGCACCAUGUCCCAGAAUACAAUAUUAUAGAUUCUUAUCUGAUUGAUGAUUACAAUGAUACUGAUAAGGAAAAUGAAAUUCCAAGUAAAAGGGAUUUUGAAUCAAGGCAACCAAGAAUAGGCGAACUCCCGUUCAAAGAAAUAACUAAUGUCCCCACCAAUAAUACCAAUAUAGCACAUGCUAAGAAACGACCUAUAUCUGCUCAAAUUGAACACAAGACCCCGAAAAAAAUAAAAGCUGAAAAGAUUAAAGAUGUUGAAGAAUGUAUUUGGGAUGAUCUAGACGAAGAAGAUGGAAAUGACCCCUUGAUGGUAAGUGAAUAUGUUAACGACAUUUUUGAACAUUUGCAUCAACUUGAAUUGUUGACACUACCUAAUAAAGAACAAAUUAUCAAACAUAAAAACAUAACACAUAAUAGAGACAUUCUCAUAAAUUGGUUAAUUAAAGUUCAUAAUAAAUUUGGGCUCUUACCAGAAACUUUAUACCUCGCUAUUAAUCUGCUGGAUAGAUUUCUUAGUAAGGAAGAAGUCACAUUGAAUAAAUUACAAUUGGUAGGCACAUAUUGCUUAUUUAUAGCCUCAAAAUAUGAAGAGAUAUAUUCUCCAAGUGUCAAACAUUUUGCAUCCGAAACAGAUGGUGCAUGUUCCAUUGAUGAAAUUAAGAAAGGUGAAAAAUUUGUACUAAAAGCUUUGAAGUUCAAUCUAAAUUAUCCUAAUCCCAUGAAUUUUUUGAGAAGAAUUUCCAAAGCGGAUGAUUACGAUCUUCAAUCAAGAACGUUAGCCAAAUUUUUGUUAGAGAUAACUAUGAUUGAUUUUAAUUUCAUUGAUGUAAUGCCAUCUCUUUGUUCUGCAGCUGCAAUGUUUUUAUCAAGAAAAAUGCUAGGUAAGGGGAAAUGGAAUGACAACCUAAUUCAUUACAGUGGUGGAUAUCAAGUAAGUGAUUUGGAACCUGUGUGUCAUAUGAUAAUGGAUUAUUUGAAUAAUCCAGAAACACAUACUGAACUGCGUUUGAAAUAUAGUUCGAAGAGGUUUUUGAAGGCAUCGAUUAUUUCGGUUCAAUGGGCCAAUAAAGUGAAACAGAAUGGUUAUGAUGUCAUGACAUUAAAUGAAUAA